AUGAACGCCUCGCUGACCAUCGAUCAGCUCCUCAGAGCGGCCCAACUCCUCGAGCGCUCCAACCCCCUCCUGAACCAGUUGAAUGACAUUAGCAUGUACAAACUGGGCCAAGACUACCAGGACAACUACCUUCAGCCAAAACUCAUGGAAUCCUUUGGCUUCAACUCGAGUGGCUCUUCACAUCGCUCCUCACCUUCGAGCAUGUCCAACCAAUCACAGUCCAACAACUCGACCGCGCCUAGUUCGCCACUGGUUCAUCAAUCAAGUCGAUCAACGCAUUCUACACGGCAGAGCAGGUAAAUUUGAGGAUUUUUGUGAGGGCGGGGUAAUUUUUUUAUUAAAAAAAAUUUUUUUUUUGAAAUUUUGAAAAUUUUAAAAAAUUACUUUUAUCUUACUAAAGCUUUAAAAAAAUCUUGUCGCCAAUUUAUAUGAAAUAGCACAGUGAAAAACGACAAAACUUUUUUCAGCUUUAUUGUGCUUUACUAUUCACUGCCAUUUUUGGACUUUCUCCCUCAUUUUUUGAUCUCUACCUCACGCUACACCAAAAUUUCAAAACUUUGAAUCAUCGUUUUGCUAACUCAAACAAUUUUCUUAUCACCCACUCACCAAAAACCUUAAAAACGUGUUUUUUGCAAUGAUAUCAACGAAAACAGUCAUUAAUUUCGGGAAAGCAUUGUUACGUACGUACUAAAAAUAGCACGACAGACAUGCUUAUUUGCCUCAUGAAUAUCUAUUUUUUGUUCGUAUGCAAAAACGUUCUUCUUGGCUACUAUACGAAGGCGGCUUUUUUAUAUAUGAAGGCGGUUCUUCUAUAUACUAAGGCUGUUUUUCUAUAUAUAAAGGCUGUUUUUCUGUUUACGAAGAUACAAAGCCGAGUUCAGGCCGUUCGACUUCGUACUAUCGGAGUUUGGGCCAGUUUUUGACUAUUUUUCAGUUUGAAAUGGCUUUAAAAGGACAUAAAUGAACGGAGCAUGAACUGAAAAGCUAAUUUAAAUGUUAUUUUUAAAUGGCAGGGGUGAGAAGCCACCCACAAAAAAAAUUUUGAAAUUUAAAAAAUUUUUUAGUUUUUUUGAAAUUUCAAAAAAAAAAUUUUUUUUAAAAAAAGGUUGAACAAAAUUUUCAUUUUUCAAGCCUUUUUUUCCUAUUUUUAUUCAUUCAAAUCCACCCUGCCUAGUAAAACAAAAAAAAUUACUCUGCCCUGUAUAACAAGAUUACCUUGCCCAGUAUCACAAAAUUUUCUUGUCCAGUACAAAACGACUUAGGCUAGGGCUUAUGCUAGAAGAUUAUAGUGCAAUUCUAUUUCUCCAGCCAUUUUCUCCUUUAAAACGAUCAAUUUCUUCUACGUUUUGGCCCAUUUCUCCUUCUUUUCAGCCCAUUUUCCCCACUUUUUGGGCCAUUUUGUCCACUUUUCGGGCCGCUCAAAGCAAUUGUAUCCGCCGUUCUUUGUGUUUUCGUACUCCUCGUGCAUUCCGCAUGCACUUUUGUUCUUUUCGUUUUGAAGAGUUUGAAGGCAUUUCGGCCUUGAUGUCAUCCUCUGACAGCUCGAUUUUUGUUCUUCUCCGGUUACUGCCCUUUUGCUCGGUUUUUGAAGUGGGCCAGGAGACGGUAAACAAAAUGAUGCUGAAGGGAGGUAUGGGAAGUUUAUUGGACGUGCAGAAAAAUGGGUUUUGAAAUUGAGAAAUUGACAGAAAAGGGUUUUAAAGUUAAAUAAUUGGGCAAAAAUGGCUUGAAAAGUAAAAAAAAUUGAAGAAAAUGGUAUGGAAUUCUGAAAAAAUGAGUUAAAAUGGCAUUAAAAUUCAAAGAAAUGAGCAAAAAUAGCUAUGAAAUACGAAAGAAUUAUUUUUUUUUCAAUUUCAAAAAAAAAAUUUUUUAUUUUUAAAAAUUUUACGUUUUCAAAACCGCAAAUUCCAUUUUUUUCAACCAUUUUCUUUCCAACCCACAGACUCCCAAAAAAAACAAGCCGAGUCUGUUCAGCCGUUUUUUGCCCACUCAAAGCCAAGCAAAAAAAGCCGGCUUUCUGUUCUCCCUCAUGCCCAUUCUUCGCUCUCGUCAGUCUCGACACAAAAAAACAAGUCUGCACGGGUCAUGACGGCAUUCCUGAAAUUCACGUGGACUCGCCUCGCACCACGUGUCGGGUGCGUGGAUGGUGGAGAAACACACGUACACCACGUUGGGGGGAGGGAUAGACAGGGUGAUUGGGAGAGGAUGGUCAGAGUGAUUGGGGAGGGGGUAGUGAAAGACAAGGUGUUUCGAGAGAAGAUAGACAGAGCCAUUCUGAAGGCGGUAUUCAGAGACUGCGAUCAACUUUAAGCGAUAGGUAGGGCAGAGACAGCGAUCAACUUUAGGCGAUAGGCAGGGCAGAGACACGCCGAUCAAAGGUUGAGACGGGGAGCUGAAUCACGGCCCUCGCCUGACUCGUAAAGCUGGAAUUUCCUUUGAAAAUGCAUUAUUUUGAAAUAGACAAGGUAUUUGUGUGUAUAAUGUUUUAAUGCCAGAGGGCGUUUAAUUGUUAUUGACUUUACAGAGAAUGAAGUUUGGUUUUUCGAGCAAAAUUAGUAUAACUUAAUGUCAAAAGACUAAAGUAUAGUUGUUUUUGAUGGCCACAGCUUGUUUUGAGGUAAUGAAGGCCAUUUCGUAGUUUUAAAAAGUUUAAAAUAGGUCGAAAGAGUAAAGAUAAAACUAGGCCGUAACAUAACAUAGUUUGGUCUGAAGCCCAAAGCAUGAUGUUAUAAAGCCUUAGCUUAAAUGGCCUGAACAUACCAUUCCUUAACCUAAACGGACCUCCAAAGCCUAAAGAAUAGUUUCAAAGCCUUAAGCAUGUCAACAAACGCUUAAAACUAGCCUAAAAAUAGAUUGAAACAUGUGAAAACCUUUUGUUUUGUCUAAAGAUCAAACAAUUUCAAGACGAUCGAAAAAUGAUCAUAUGUUUUGGAAGAAGCAUGACAGGAAAUCAAAAAUAACUACGGUGAAUAAGCAUGAUAAGAGCUGUAAACUGCAUAUAAUUGUAAACAAGUAUAACUUGUAGUAAAAUAUUUAUGAUACUGUAGACAUGUUAUACCUAAAAUUAGAUUUUUAGUCAUUUUGUUAUCAUAUUUUAAGUUUUAAUUUUCUUUGUUAUACACCCUAUAAAGCACGCCCUUCAAGCUGUUUAACACUAUGAAAUGUCUUACAAAACCUAAAAAGUUCUUCUAAAGUCAUGUCGUCAAUUUACAUUAUCUUACAUACGCAGAAACGACAAGACUUUUAUCAAACUGAAGUAAUAUGUCUUAAGGACCUUUUUCACAAAAUAUUUUUAAAUAAAAAAAAUUUUAACAUAAAAAUAAUCUCAUAGACAACAAAAAGCCACAAAUAGCAAGUAUAAUCCGGGGAUUAAUUUGCAGAGCUGCCCACAACGAGCUGGAAAAGAACCGACGUGCUAAUCUUCGCAACUACCUCGAGCACCUCAAGUCCGUGCUGCCGCCGGACUGCGAAUCUACCCGCGACACCACCUUGAGCUUGUUGACUCGUGCCAGGAAUUUUAUUAAGGUAAGGCGGGUUUUAGAGAAAAUUUUAAAAUUUUGGAUUUUUAAAAAAUUUUUUAAAAUUUCGAAAAAUUUUUUUUCGAAAAAUUUUGAAAGUUCAUAAAAUUUUUUUUAAAAUUUAAAAUUCAAAAAAUCUUAAUCCAAAAUAAAAACCUCCUCCAAUUAUAAUUCCCCACCCUACAGCUAUCUAAUCCACUAAAAGGCCAAAUCCGUUCAAAUUAGUACAAAACACCCCCCUAAAUCCGAAAAUAAAAAGUGCGACCUUUAUCCUAACCAAAUCCCCCCCUCAAUUUUACAAUUGCCAUUUGCUGUAAUUAAAUUUGGAAUUAACUUUUCCAGAAAUUUUCUGUUUUCGAACGGCCGAAAAUAGCCUCCGGACUAAAAAACAAAGUUUAGGAAUUGGAAAACAAUAAUGCCAUUUCGAAAUCGAAUUUUUUAGAGAUAAUGCAUUAUAUUUUGAUUUUUGGAGGUUGUAUUUGAUAAUCUUUGCUCUGGGGGUGGAUUUUAAAAAUUAAAGAAGUUUUGUCGUUUUUUUACACUAGCAUCAAUGUAUUUUGGCGACAAGACUUUUUAAAGCCUCAAAAAUAUUUAAAAUAACUUAUUUAUUCAAGUAAAACUAAAAAAAAGAUAGUUUGCUACCUAAAAAAUCAACUUUCAUACUAAUUUUAACAUUUUUAGGUAAUGAAAGAGCGCCAAGACCAGCUAGCCGAAGCCAAGCAAGCUUUGGAAGCCGAGAACGCCCUGCUUGAGCAAGAAUUGGCCGCCCUGAACCAAAUCGAAGCCCAACCAGCUGAAACAAAGCCCGAGCCAAUUCAACCCACUAUUGUCAUCUCUGAACCACAGCUAGCCAAUCCUGAAUUCCUGGCCAACUCCAAGCUCCUUAGCCCUAAGCUCUUGGCUAGUCCUGAGCUGUUGGCCAAUUCCGAACUUUUGGCUAACUCUGAACUUCUAGCUAGUCCCGAAUUCCUGGCCGACACCAACUCAACAUUGUCUCAAAUUCUACCCAAAUCAGAGCCAAUGCUGACCAGUACCCUCCUGGCCAAGCCUGAGGCGUUGCCAAUUUCGAACGCUUUCGACUUUGGUCCAAAGACUGAUUUGAUCAAUCAGUUGAACAUGUUGCAACAACUGAACCAACUCAACUCGAACCUUAUGCAGCAGCACGUCAUUUACAACCCGACACUUCGUCCAACUCCAAUCGAUCUCCUGAAUGAAGGGCUUUUGCCACAAUUGCCUCUUCUCUACCCCUACCCUCAUCUUCAAGGUUCACUCAGUUAA